GGUUACUCCUGCAACUAAAAUGAAUCACGUGACUUGUCCGUGUUUGAAACAUGGUCGAUGCCACAGGAAUCUGGGACGGAAGAAUUGUGCUUCUGUACCUGGUUGGGGAACAUCGAGACGGCCAGCGUGAAGUUACCGAAUGAUGUACUCGCGGAGUGGGACGGCAGCCGUUGCGCAACCUGACCCUGUCUCCCGUAUUAUGGCCACUUAUCUUGUCCGCAACUAAAUAAGUUGUGCCAGUUGAAUACGGAUCAGUUCUUGGAGACUUGAUGAUGAAUCCACACCGAAGGGUCGGUGUGGCCCCCGUAGUGGACCGGACAAGAGCUGAUGAGUUGCAGACAACACUAUUCAACUUAUCAAACCAGAAUGAAGAGGAAGAAGUCGUUCCUCAAAUGGACGAACAUCCACCCCCUUCCAUUCAUGAACUGGCAGGUUCACACCGAAAACUCGCUACAUGGUAUGAGAAAACCGAUCUGGGGCGUCUCAAUGGCAUAUUCGCUAUAUUUUACACCAUUUAUGGAGCGGUACUGUUGUGCUUCACUGUUGCUCUUCGGCCCAGCAACCCACUCCACGAAGGUCAGUACGUUUGUUACUUCGGCCGCUGUUUCGCUAAGGGAGUGACUGGAUCCGUCACUAGACCGUUUCACAUACACCGUGGUAACGACGCGUUCCACCCCUACUCAUGGAGCGUCUGCCUUGCUGCAAUGAUGAUCACUGCUUAUGGUGGGCUCAUUUGGUCCAAACUCAGCAUCCGUGUAAUCAAUAUGGGACAUGUGCUCAAUUGGACCACCGCCUUCUACACCAGCCUGGCGGCCGUGCAAGCUGUCCUCCAUUACAAUGACCCAUACUUUAAGAAUUUCACCUCUCCCAUCUGGUUUGAGGGAAUGAUGCAUACUGUGUUCGGCCCCAUUUCUCUUAUAGCUGUAGCCCUGUUGUUGAUCUGUCAGGUGGGGCUGAACAUACCCACCUUAAUUGUACACGACAUUCACUAUUACCCCGAAAUGGCCCAAUAUUCCGCGAGUGAUAGCCUACAGACUUCGUCCAGUGACACGUUGUCUUAGUGCUGUUGUUCCAACUAAGCAACAAUGUGUGCAUUAUACCACACGCAAAAUAUUACAAGCAUUUUUCUAUA